AUGAAUACAGUCUAUAAUGAGGAGGAAUCGAAGAAGGCGAGAAUUUUCCAGCGUGAAAAGCGUCAGGAACUGCAAUUGAUUAUUGAAAGAUGUAACAAAAUUGAUUUUGAAUAUGUCAAAGUUCCUAACGAGAGAGGAAAUCAAGCAGUUUUUGGAUCAUCAAAGUCUAGACAAAAUUACUUAUUUGCUGAAGACAAGACUGUCAACUCAUUUAUGAGGAGGUGCUUUAAGGAAAAUUUUCCAGAACCGACUUCGUACUUUAAGGAUGACAAAAAGGCUGAAGAUGAACAAAUUUUGAAUCACAAGGAUCAGAAAUUAAAUGCGAUUUUUGCAUCAAAAGUUCCAAGAUUUCAGGAAAUAUUAGCAAUGGAUGCAUCACAAGGAUAUAGACGUAAAAAAAAAGUUCAAGAAAUUCAGCAAACUGAAAAGCCAACAAAAGCUCCAUUUAAUAGUUCUAGUCCAAGAAAUUUGAUAAUUACUCGAGAUAUUGUAGUUAAUGACAUCCCAUCAUGUUCAUAUACCCCAUUCGAUUCCAAUAAGAAAUAUGAAAACAUUAAGUACUCAUUUGGUGGAAAGAUAUUAAUUCUUAAUGCUUACGACAUUGUCUGUUCUCCGAAGAAUAUAGACUCAAAAUGCAGCAUUUGUGAAUCUGCACCGGAUAAUGUCUAUUGGAAAAAGUCACGGUCUAUCCUAUGCAGAAAGUGCUACAAUGAUAAGAUAUUCAAUAUUAAAAACAAUUCUCGUGGUAUUGUUGAAAAGUUCAAAAGCCUUCAGAUCGUUGAACGUGAUUAUAAAAAGAAACGUCAUUGCCAUUUUUUUCAUAAACACGGCGGUACACGAGCUGCUGUUCUGUUGCUAACUCAAAAAGAGUUUUUAAAACGCAAGCAAAAAGAAAACUUCCUAAAUACAUUUAUGAAGUAUUAA